AAACCCCGAGCCCCGCAAACCCUAGCCGCCGCCGCCGCAGCAGAAGCAGCGUGAGCACCAGAAGCGGCUGCGGAGAUGUACUCUGUCCUUCGCCGCGCGGCGCCGCUGAGGCGGCGGGCCGCCUCGGCCGUGGUGGCCGCGCUUCUCCGGCAGGAGGCGGCGGGGGCUGUACGGCCGCCGCUCCCGGCGGCGGGGGUGGGUGCGGGGGCGAUGUGGUUCCACUCGUCGCCGGCGUGGCUGGGGUUCCGGGAUACGGGGGCAGCGGCUGCGGCGGCGAGGCCGCAGUUCGCGGCGGAGGAGGGGUUGUUCUAUGAUGAGGAGAAGAGUGGGGCGAGGGGUGGAGGUGGAGGUGGUGCUGCUGCUUCCGGGGAGGAGGGGCUCGAGGUGGCCAAGCUCGGGAUCUCGCCCAAGAUCGUCAACAAGCUCGCCGCUCGUGGCAUAACCAAGCUGUUCCCCAUCCAGAGAGCUGUCCUUGAACCAGCAAUGCAAGGAAAGGACAUGGUUGGUCGUGCCAAAACAGGCACAGGGAAAACUUUGGCUUUUGGAAUUCCCAUACUGGACGCAAUUAUUCGCCACAAUGAAAAGCACCAACCUGGGAGAUUUCCCUUGGCCAUUGUUUUGGCCCCAACAAGAGAACUUGCGAAACAAGUUGAGAGGGAAUUUUCUGAGUCUUCCAAUGUGGAAACGAUCUGCGUAUAUGGUGGAAGCCCAAUUAAUCAACAGAUAAGGCAGCUCAAUUAUGGAGUUGAUGUUGUUGUUGGGACGCCAGGACGAGUAAUUGAUCUGCUCAAACGAGGCGCUCUGAAUUUGGCUGAGGUCCAAUUCGUUGUUCUUGAUGAAGCAGACCAGAUGUUGUCGGUGGGUUUUGAUGAAGAUGUUGAGACAAUUUUGGAGAGGGUACCUUCACAACGUCAAACUUUGAUGUUCUCUGCAACUAUGCCAAGCUGGAUUCGUAAACUCACACAGAAAUACCUCAAGAAUCCUGUUACAAUUGACCUUGUUGGUGAAGAUGACCAGAAGCUAGCAGAAGGAAUCAGCCUUUAUUCUAUCUCUUCAGAGAGUCAUGCCAAACCUGCUGUCCUUGGAGAAUUGAUUAAGGAGCAUGCCAAAGGUGGUAAGUGCAUUGUAUUUACACAAACAAAAAGGGAUGCUGAUCGACUGUCAUAUACCAUGGGACGGAGUUUCCAGUGCCAGGCCCUUCAUGGGGACAUUACACAAGCCCAAAGAGAAAGAACACUCAAAGGAUUUCGUGAAGGACAAUUUAAUAUUUUGGUUGCCACUGAUGUCGCUGCUCGUGGCUUGGAUAUCCCAAAUGUAGAUUUGGUGGUACAUUUUGAAUUGCCAAACUCCUCAGAAAUAUUUGUUCACAGGUCUGGCCGAACUGGCCGUGCUGGAAAGAAGGGUACAGCAAUUGUUAUGUACAACUAUCAACAAAGUAGAGCUAUCAGGAUGGUUGAGAAUGAUGUUGGCUGCAAAUUUACGGAGCUUCCAAAGAUUAAUGUUGAAGGUUCUGACUUGAUGAUGAACGGUGGCUUUGAUUCCUUCGGUGGUGGUGGAUUUGGUCGUGAAGGGAGUGGGCGUUCACGAAGUUUUGGUGGGCGUGGUGGUGGUGGUUUUGGCAACUCUCCAAGCCGAGGCGGUGGAUAUGGUGAUUCAGGCUUUGGUCGUUCAGGUGGAGGAUUCGGCCGUUCAGGUGGUGGAGGAUUCGGCCGUUCUAGUGGUGGUGGCUUCGGUGAUUCUGGGUUUGGCCGUUCAGGUGGUGGGGGUUUCGGAGAUUCAGGAUUUGGUCGCUCAGGUGGUGGCGGUGGUUUUGGUGAUUCAGGAUUUGGACGCUCAGGCGGUGGGUUUGGGGAUUCUGGCUCAGGCCGUUCUGGUUUUGGCCGGUCAGGUGGGGAUUCUGGCUCAGGUCGGUUUGGUGGGGGUUUCGGUAGCUUCGGAGGCAACAAUUCUGGACAAUCUGGUGGGUUUGGCUCCUCCUAGCUUGGCAAUUUCAUACUAGGCAAAGGUAACUACAGUUUUUCAGCUAUGGUAUGGUCGCCUGCUACAAAAUCAGAUGGACGGUUCUCAGAUAAAUAUUGUCUACCAUAACAGAAUGGAAUUCCUGAUCAAUUGUUUGUCCUCCGGUAUCUGAAUCACUUCAAGACUGAAUAUCUAGUGCAAAUAGAAUAUGGUUAUCUUUUAUCGAAUCGGACAUGAAGGCAGCAGAAAAUAAUCACGAGUCUUAUUUUGUUUCUUUUCUCUAGUUAUUCUGCAAGCGUUCGUGUUUGCCGAAGGAGUUAGUUUCUGAUGCGCGGUCUAGCUCAUACCUGUAAAAUAUUGCAGAGGGUAUUCUGCAGAUGAUAUAUUAUAUUGUUUUUGGUAGUUUCUUUUUUUUUAUAUUGUAUUAAACGGUGCCUUUCUGUCACUUGAUGACCAGCUAGUCACCGAAUGACCAGAGUUAUGGCUUCUGCUGUUCUGCAAGUUUUCCUCUGAUGGAAUGCUGGUAGCUAAUAGAUUUUAGUGCCAUCCGCAUCACAACUGCUAACUGUGAAAGCAUGCGUCCGAGUGUGUGACCAUUCCUCUUGUUGGACUCUGUUCAUUACUAGCAUGGACUAAAGAUUAGACUCUACCAUUAAUUAUAGAGCUGCUACUGCUGCUGAACUGAUGCACAUGCCAGAAAAUUAUAAGAAAUGAGAUGAUUUACAUUUUUUGUUGGUGCUGUUUCCAUUUGAGGAGACUGCAUUCUUGACCAGUUGAGAUCUUUGGGAAAGAUCAAUCCAGAUGUGGCAGAAUUGUAAACUUUUAAAC